UUGGUGGCCGCUGUCUGGCAAAGCAGGAUGGAGAUGGACAGAACCCUGGAGUCUUUGCAGCUGGUGAUUGCCCGAGUCCUGCCUCACAGAGACCCUACCCUGGUGUUUAAGGACUUGAACGUUGUAGCAAUAUUGCAAGAGUUCUGGGAAAGCAAACAGAAGUCAGCCGUACUUCCAAGUGAAGGCAUCAUUGUGUAUGAGUCAUUGAGCAGCCUGGGCCCGCCAUUUGUGAGUUAUGUUACCUUGCCUGGAGGAAGUUGCUUUGGUAACUUUCAGAGCUGCUUAAGCAGAGCAGAGGCAAGGCGAGAUGCUGCAAAAGUGGCUCUGAUCAACUCUCUCUUCAAUGAAUUGCCCUGCCGCAGAAUCACGAAGGAAUUCAUCAUGGAAAGUGUUCAGGAGGCUGUUUCUUCAACAAGUGGUAACCUGAAGGAUGCUGAUGACCCCAGCACUAGUAUUGGAGCUUAUCAUUACAUGCUGGAGUCAAACAUUGGAAAGACAAUGCUGGAAUUUCAGGAGCUGAUGAUUGUCUUUCAGCUUCUGCAUUGGAAUGGAAGCCUUAAAGCCCUACGGAAAACAAAGUGCUCCCGGCAGGAAGUAAUUUCCUACUACUCCCAGUGUUCCUUAGAUGAAAAGAUGAGAAGUCACAUGGCCCUAGACUGGAUUACGAAGGAGAAAGAAUCUCCAGGAAUUAUUUCCCAAGAGCUGCAAGUGGCACUGAGGGAACUGGAAGAUGUCAGGAAAGCUGGGCAUGAACUGAGGUUCUACAAAGAAAAGAAAGAAAUACUGAGCUUAGCACUGAGUCAGAUCUACAGUGAUCAAGUUACCACUUCCUCGUGGGAAAAUCAAAUGAGCUUGGCCCUACAUGGCUACCGCUAAAUUUGAAGAUGUUUUAACAUGCCAGGCUAGGUUAAAAAUACUCUCCAUGUAAAUUAUUAGCUUUCUUUUCUGUAGAUGUUUUAAUUUCUGUAUCUAAAAGCACUUUUUUUUUCUUUUUUCUUUUUUAAUUAUUAUUUUUAUUUCAGUGGCUAGAAAUAUUCUUCAGGUCAAGCUAAAGCUGCCAUGAAACAUUUGAUGUAGCACUGGUACUAAGGUAUGUGUGAAACCUAAAUGGAGACAAAGCACAAAAGCUUUUAUGGUACUCUGAAGAUUGAACUUGAUAUGGUAACCUGGAUUUUGUUUUCCACAUGAAGACUACAUCUUCUCUGUUGAAGACAUAAAAAUUGUCUUCACAAACCUACAAACUACCAGCAGUAAAAGACAAAAAGGGUACUUCAUACCUGCACUGGUGCUUGGUUACUCCCAGACUUCUUCACAGCAUGUGUUUCCUCCUAUCAGGUGCUACUGCUGAAGUUCAUUGUGUUUUUCAAAGGGUAUAAAGAACCUUUCAAGCAAAAAAAACCCUACAGCGUUAAACAAGUUCUCCAGUUUCAAGGUGCUUUACCUCUGUUGCAGCCAACAAGAUUUCACAAAUCUAUGGGAUCAUAAGGAUGAGCAGAAGUUAUUCACUGGCCAUCGGUAUGGCUAACUGUGUGAUAAAAGUCUUCUAGUUAGACUUUAUAUACCUUUGCUUGCACUUCAGCAAAUGCCUACUGAGGUUCAAGAUCUUUCCUUCUCUCUUGCUGACUGUCAGCACAAUUCCACUACUAGAAGCUACUGUCUGUAAAGCAAAGUAGGCAGCAUAAGUCUGAUGAGUCACACACUCAUAAUAACCAGCAUGCCAUUUUAGCUGAAUAUGACAGCAGGAAGGUGUUAAGAUGCUGGUCAAUGAACUUGAACACAUGUCUCCAUAGUUCUGUUUCCUGGUAAUUUCUGCCAGAAGAAUGGACAUUUAGCAUAGCUGUAGUUUAAAUCAACUUAGUAACCUCAGUAGUAUCUCUUGGCAUAAGUACAAUUUGCUUUAAACAUAAUGUAUUUCUACAUAAGAGAGACACACAGUUCAGUUGGAGGAAAAGCAGGCUGGGGAAAAUUCAUUUUCAUUCCUUAAGAAAUUGAUACCCAACAGUGUCACACAUCUCAUAUAAAAAAAAAAACAGGAGAAUAGGUCAGCAGUAAUAACCAUGUUGCAAAACCACGCACACCACUGGUAGACAGUGUGGGACACAGCCUUACUGCAGGGACAGACAACUGUGACCUGUAAAGAUUCUUGUACUGUAUAGGGAAAGGUGUGGGAUAGCUGUAAAGUAUAGAUGCUCAUACAGGGAGAACCAAGCUGCCCUUAGAGCUUAGCUAUAGCAAGCACAGUGAUUUGAAGAAUUAAUUACACAAAGUAUUCUCUUAAUGCUUGCUUGCAACACCACAGUAGCUUUUAGAUGUAGUGGAUGAUAAGUGGGAUGUAGAAUUGUAGAAAGAGAGAUACAUUGUAAGACUGUUCUGCUUUAACGAGGCAGAAGAAACAACAGACAAAACCGCACCUGUUUAGUGGAGUCCUUAUAAGCCACACGUACCAGGCAGAAUUUGCCUAAAAUUGUGACAGACUGCAUCAAGACAUUCUCCUUUGUCUUCUUACCUGUGUGUGAAGAGACUUUUCCAAUUGCCUUUGCAUUCCACAGUAAUCUUUGGGACAAAAGGAAUAUUUGGAGGAAGUAAACAACAUACCCUAAGGACAGUGACAUUGAAGAUGGCCAAAUAAGGCCAUAUCUGUUAGUCAGUCAUUGGGCGUGGAUAGGAUAAUGAAUUUGGGAGUGUAAUUCAGGAGGAGCAUACUUGGAGAGCUACCUGAAGCUUUCCCAGCACUGCCAAUAAAGAAUACCUUGCUUAAUCAUAACAAAGCUUCGCUGUUAAGUUUCUACACAUCAAUUUCUUCCAAUCAACAGCUUGAAAAGAAAAAUAAGUAGCACAGAAUUUUGGAAAGCUGUGGUGAGAUUGUAAAUGAAGAACAACAGCUGUGGGUUUGUCAUCUUUUUUCUUUUUUUUCUUUCUUUCUUCCUUUUUUUUUUUUUUUUUUUUUUUUUUUUUUUUUUUUUUUUAAUUCUUAUCUGCUGAAUGUGAAAUUUCCAAGGGAAAGAAAAGAAUGCAGCCUCCCCUUCAGCAUUCUGACAUCUCAGCUUGAACUAAUAGUGGCAUGGACUUUACAAGUCUUGAAUUCUUUCUCUAAGGUCACUGAAAAAGGAAGCAUUUCAGUUCAUUGUAAAAAAUCGACAAAUCCCAUGAGCUUUCUUGUCUCGAAAAAAUAUGAUUAUGUGGAAUGGAAAAUGGAUGGGACAAAAGUGAGAUCUUGAGUGAUACACAAGGUUGGAGAAAAGUCUCAUUUUUUAUCUCCUUUCAGGUGCUCAUUUAAAAACUGUACAAAAUUGUAUGGCUCUAUUACUCAAAAAUAUGUUUUCUUAACAGAAAGAGUAAAUUUUGCCUAGCUUUUAAUGUUUUGUUUUCUUUCAGGGCAUUUCAUAUGUAUAACUAUAAAGUGAAAGUAAUUUUCACACUGCAUCAAUAGAUUGUACACAUUCCCUUGUGCAUUUAGGUUGUGUAAUUUAGGCAAUAUUUUGCGUCCCAUCAACAUAGUAUGUAAGCUGUUUAAAACAGUAGGUUGUAGAAAAAGUACUGGAAAAACUUGGAUUGCUUUGAUUUUUGUUUGUUGAUCAAAUGGAGAAAUAAACAAUCACACUCCUGUGGAUUGA